AAUAUUUCCUUAGGGAUUAUUCUUUCAGCAAAACGUUCUGGCGAAAAAGAAACCAAUGGCUCUGCAACCGGCUUUCCGCUUUCUCCUCCGCCACUUGCCGGCCACCAUCUCGUCUAUCUUCCCCAAACUGUCAAUCCCAGUGCACAGAAAACUCUCUAUACUUAACUCUUCUUCACCCAAACCCAUCAGUCCCUCACCUCAGAUCACCUGGAGAGCUGCUAAAGAAAACAAAUUGGUAUCCGACAAAGAUGAGAGGUUCGGGAAUGGGACAGUUAGCUCUGCUGAAUCAGUAGUGAAUUCCAGCACUAUUGCAGCCAUUGUGACUUCGCUUUGUGGACCACCUGCUGCGGUGGGCAUAGUCCGGUUAUCAGGCCCGUCUGCAGUGUCUAUAGUCGGGCGUGUGUUUCGACCAGCUUCGAAAAAGAAGAGAAGAGGGCCUGACUGGAGUCCAGUUAGCCAUGUUGUGGAGUAUGGUGUAGUUGUGGAUUCUCAUGGGAAUGUUAUUGAUGAGGUGUUGGUGGUUCCCAUGUUGGGCCCAAAAUCAUACACUCGUGAAGAUGUGGUUGAGCUUCAGUGUCAUGGUAGUGAAGUAUGCCUACAUCGCGUUUUGAGGGCUUGUCUAGAUGCUGGGGCAAGGAUUGCAGAACCAGGUGAGUUCACACUGCGCGCUUUUCUAAACGGUCGUUUAGAUCUCUCCCAAGCUGAGAAUGUGGGCAAGCUUAUAUCAGCUAAAUCAGUGGCUGUAGCAGAUUCAGCAUUGGCAGGAAUUCAGGGAGGCUUCUCUUCUUUGGUGAAAUCAUUAAGAGCUCAGUGCAUUAAGUUGCUUACAGAGAUUGAAGCUCGUCUGGAUUUUGAUGAUGAGAUGCCUCCCCUCGAGUUGAACCCAGUUAUAGAUGAGAUACGGGGGAUGUUGCAAGAGGUGGAUGAUGCUUUGGAGACUGCCGAUUAUGACAAGCUUCUUCAAUCUGGAUUACAGAUAGCAAUUGUUGGCCGACCAAAUGUUGGGAAGUCGAGCCUGCUUAAUGCUUGGAGCAAAAGUGAGAGGGCAAUAGUCACAGAAAUUGCUGGUACAACUCGUGAUAUAGUAGAAGCGAAUAUCUCUGUUCGUGGAAUUCCUGUUACGCUCCUUGAUACAGCGGGUAUCAGGGAUACUGAUGACAUAGUGGAGAAAAUUGGUGUGGAAAGGUCUGAAGCAGUUGCUACAAGUGCUGAUGUCAUUCUCAUGACAGUAAGUGCAACAGAGGGAUGGACUUUGGAGGAUGAAAAACUUCUUGAGAGGAUUCAAUGCAAUAAGAGUGGAUCUUCAUCAACUCCAGGAGUUCUUGUGAUCAAUAAGAUAGACUGUGCUCCAUCUUCUUUGUGUGAUUGGGUGAAUACACUUUCCAGCUCUUUCAACAAGCAUGUUUUUACCAGUGCUGUGAGUGGUCAAGGGAUUCCAGAUUUAGAGGCUGCAAUAAUAGAGCUCGCAGGCCUCAAUAGGAUCCCUACCGGGGGUCGCAAAUGGACUGUGAACCAGAGACAGUGCGAGCAGCUGGUUCGAACAAGGGAAGCUUUCAUAAGGUUGAAGUCAUCAAUUGAGGAAGAGAUACCCCUCGAUUUUUGGACGAUUGACCUAAGAGAAGCUGCUUUGGCGCUCGGACAAAUAAGUGGAGAGGAUAUUUCUGAAGAAGUAUUGUCCAACAUAUUCGGCUUUCUUGAUUUCGUCCAGGCUUGCAUUAACAGAGAGCUCUUUGUGAAAGUCUAUAGCUGCCAUUUUUACAGAUGGCAAGGUUGUCUUGCAAGAUACAGAGGCAACCCUGAAUUUGAGAUGCAUAGGCAAGCUCUUAGAGUGGGAAAAUGGCAUAAAUACAGUGCCACUCUUCAGUGUAGAGCUCUGAAUUACAUUCAUUUCACUGAGAGAUUUUGAAGAAUAUUGAGUUAUUCGAAAUUAUUCGAUAAACAAAUCUAUAACGGUGUGCUACACUUCUUGAUCUAUAUAUAUA